CAUACUUCAUCACCAGCUUAAUGCACAAAUCUAAUUACUGUUCACAGGACGCGUCUUUCUCCUCGCGGCCUGCCCGGGAUCUCAGUAAAUGUCUGCUGCUUUUACUUCAUUCCCAUGCGUUCAUGACGAGAUAUAUAUAAUACACACAAGCAACGAAAUUGAGAUAGUCUUUAGGAAGAAACGAAAUCUCGCUCCAGUUUUAUCAAUCGCAUUAAAAACGCGGCCAGACAGCAGGCGACAUGAAAAAUAAAAAGUAUCUCAGAAAAUGUCGCUUCUGUUUAUAGUGUUUGGAAAAUGUCGCAACAUACCUGUCUGAAACUAAAGUGAAAUAUUUAUUGUUCCGCAGAUUGUAGAGCAUGCUGGGGGUUGUAGUUUAUGAAAGACAGAAGAAAAAGAAGAUGAAAGAGAAGGAGAAGAAAGGAGAAGAAAAAGAGGAUGAAAGAGAAGGAGAAGAAGUGGAGGAGGAAGAAAAAGAAGGAGAAGAAAAAGGAGAAGAGGAAAGAGAAGAAGAAGAAAGAAGGAGAAGAAAGGAGAAAAAGGAGAAGAGGAAAGAGAAGAAGAAAACUAAGAAGUAGAAGAAGAAAAAGGAGAUGAGAGAGAAGGGGAAGAAGGAGAAGAAAAAGAAGGGAUAAGAUGAGAGAGAAGAGGAGGAAGAAGAAGGAAAAGAAAAAAGAGGAUGAAAGAGAAGAAUGAAAAGGAGAAGGAGAAGAAUGAAGAAGGAGAAGAAGAAUGAAAAAGGAGAAGGAGAAGAAGAAUGAAAAAGGAGAAGGAGAAGAAGAAGAAGAAUGAAAAAGGAGAAGGAGAAGAUGAAGGAGAAUAUGAGAGAGAAGAGGAGGAAGAAAAAGGAGAAGGAAAAGAAAAACCAAGAUGAAAGAAGGAGAAGGAGAAGAAGAAAAAGGAGAAGAAGAAAGAAGGAGAAAAAGAAGAAGAGGAAAGAGUAGGAGAAGAAAAAGAAGUAGAUGAGAGAGAAGGGGGGGAAGAUGAAGGAGAAGGAGAAGAAGAAGAAAACGAAAAAAGAGAAUCUGAAAGAAAAAGGGGAAGGAGGAGAAGAAAAAGAAAAAAGAAGAUGAAAGAGAAAGAGAAGUAGGAGACGAAAAAAAGAGGAAGAAGAUGAAUAAGAAGGGAAAGUGAAGGGUGAAGCCUUGUGGCCUAAUAGGGUGUGUGAUAGUAGGGGGAAUGUCCAUAUUUUCCAAACAGUGUGUCUCCAGCUGUUGCAAAACUACAACUCAACUCAUCCUUCGGCUGUCCCUGCAUGCUGGGAGUUGUAGUUUUGCAACAGCUGUAGACACACUGUUUGUAAAACUCUGGGGUAGGGAUUGGUAAUACUCACCCCACAGAUGGCUCCGGUCUCUGCCUCUCUGCAGCCUGGGAACAAGGAAACCCCAUCUGACUUGGUUAUUCUGAAAACCUUGGGAGAAAUAAGGAUUGAAUUAAGCAGCCAGUAAAGAGGAUAAGACAUGGGGCUUGCUGAAAGCUUUCUUUGGCUGAGCUCCUGGCCAAGGCUCUGGGACAUCCCCAUAAAUAAAGUGUCAGCUCUUGGGGACAGGACAACCUUCCCCACCUUGAGCUCCUGGCAGAUAAUAACCCUUUCCAGGCCUCCUCCUUUGAAGUGGACACUUAAUCUAAUGACCGGAAAUUGUCUUUUAUAGAGGGGAGUUACUGGCUUUUUAGUAAAUCUCAGGUAUUUAAUGCAGAAAAUGGGCUGCAGGGAAAGAAAGGGUUAAUCCUGGGCAGAUGCAGCUUCCAGGAUCCUGGGGAGUCCCAGCGAGUGGUGAUUCUCAUUACCAGCAGUUUAAUGGUCCAUAGACCCCCCACCCCCCUGUGUCACCACCCUCUUAUUAACAGGACUGAGGAGGAUUGUUGGGUUUUUUUUGGGGGGGAAGAGACAGUAAGGAGCAUCUUGUAUCUGGAGAAAGGAGAAAAGGUACCAAGAGGUCUCAGAGAAGAAGGAGGAGAAAGAAGAAGGGGAAAGAGGACAGAAGAAGACCGGGACCCUGGAGAAAGAGAAAGAGGAGAGAAAAAAGGGGAUUUAUUCAAAGCAGAAGAACUGGUGAGAGAGGAAACCAGAGGAGAGGUAGAGGGGGAGGGAGCUAGAGGAGAGACUCCUAGUGAGCUGGUGCCCCUCCAAAAAUUAAGGACACAUCGGGGCCUUUUAUUUUAGGAAUGAAUGCUGAUCCAUGUUUGUCUUAUUGUGAAGCCACUGCCAUGGAUUGUUACUACAGCCCGGCCACGCAAGGCAGAGAGCUGCAGAGUUCUCCUUUUAGGGCAUUCCAGCCCAGUGAUAAGUUUAGUCCUGCUUUCCUGGCCAGCAAAGGACAACAAGGCUUUGGAGAGAAGUCCAGGGGCUCCUUCCAGCAGGACUGCCAGUCAUUGGAUGGCAACCCCGGCGAGCAGCAGCAACAGGGCACCUUCACCAAGUACCAGCCUCACCACAGCCAGCAGCAGCCUCACAUCUACAUGCAGAACAGUUCCUGCAAGUCUCCUACAGACAGUCUGAAGCUGCAGGACAGUCCUGGGGACCCCCUUAUAUCCUGCUACGGUAAAGAGACGUCUCUAACGCCAAAUAGUGAACCUCCAGGAAUGGACGGCGGAUACCUGAACAAAGAAGGAUCGGGAAAGGGCUCGCAGGAUCGGGGAAGCAGCGAGCUGCCUAUGGAUAAGGCGGAAUCCGAAAGCAACAAAGGAAAGAAGAGGAGGAACAGGACCACGUUUACAAGUUACCAGCUGGAGGAGCUGGAGAAAGUCUUCCAGAAGACGCACUAUCCAGAUGUUUACGCCCGGGAACAGCUGGCCAUGAGGACGGACUUGACCGAGGCCAGAGUGCAGGUAUGGUUCCAGAACCGAAGGGCAAAGUGGAGGAAAAGGGAGAGGUUUGGGCAAAUGCAGCAAGUGCGGACUCACUUCUCCUCGGCUUAUGAGCUGCCACUACUGACAAGAGCAGAAAACUAUGCCCAGAUUCAGAACCCAUCUUGGAUCGGGAACAACAAUGGCGGAUCCCCGGUCCCGGCCUGCGUGGUCCCAUGUGACAACGUCUCCUCCUGCAUGUCCCCCCACAGCCAUCCGCACUCCGCAGGGGGGGUGUCCGAGUUCCUCAGCGUGCCGGGUCCUGGCUCCCACCUGGGUCAGGCGCACAUGAGCGGCCUCUUCGGCAGCGCGGGCAUGGCGCCCGGAAUGAACGGUUACGACUUGAACGCCGAGCCUGACCGGAAGAGUUCCAGCAUCGCGGCGCUCAGGAUGAAAGCCAAAGAACACAGUGCGGCCAUGUCGUGGGCCACAUGACAGCGCUGCCCGCAGACACUGACACUCCGGCGGCCUGCCCGUGGCGCUGACCCCAUGCUGUAUAACGGCCACGCCUGCCAACUUACCUUCCCGAGGACUAGAAGCUGACCAGCCAUGAGACGCCUGGGAAUUGCUACAAUCAGGGAUAUUUUACCAGCUGACUGCCCCCCAUUAUAGCUUCCUCCCCAAAUUUCCAUUGCUUUCUAUUAUGUACUUCCCUCAAAACCAAGAUGGCCAAGAGGAGGAGGGCCACUGCCUGGGGGAGCGGGGCCACUGCCUG